GGCAGCAUGAAUGCAACCUCUCGCGAGCUGCUAUAGUCAGUAUAAGCUACUGUCUGGCAUGGCCGUUGUUUUUUCAAGUCAUCCUUCUAUUUUCGAGACCAUCUUUGUCAGUGUCAGGAAUUCCCUGUCGUCCUUUUUACGGGAUUAAAUGAAUGAAUGGAGACAUAUUCCGUGUUUGUGUAAAAAUGGUGACGGACUAAAUGACUGAAUGGAGACAUAUCCCGUGUUUGUGUCCCACGGGGGCAACUGUGGCUUUCCACCGGCGUCCUCGUUUCCCAUGAGGUGCACCAGGAUACUAACGCUGACGUUAGUCUUCUUGUUCCUGGACAAAUAUGGUCAUGCUGUCCAGGUGAUUGGAGGAAACCGGACUGCAGUCCAAGGAGGGACAAUUGUCUUGCAUUCCAACAUAAUUGACACCACAGAGACCCUUGGCCAAGUUUCAUGGAUGAGGGCUACCCGAGGAGAACCUCUGAAUAACAACUUCUAUACAGUUGUGUCCGACAAUGGAGGAGUGGUGGACAAUGGGCACAAAGAUGGUCGAUUUAAAUUCAUUGGGAACUUAAAAGAGAAAAAUGGAUCUCUCCGGUUAUCAAACGUCACAUUGCUGGAUGAAGGGGUCUACACAUGCAUCUUCACUCUUUUCCCGAGUGGAAAUCACAAGACGGAGAUACCUCUAAAAGUGCUAGUGCCUCCAGUCACAGAGGUAAAAGACGAUCUUCCUGUUUUGGGCGAUAAAGAAAUUUCCCUUGCUACCUGCUUGGCUGCUGGUUCCAGGCCUCCAGCAGAGGUGAGGUGGCUCACCGGUACUCUCACACAAAAACUGAGGUCAACAACCGACUACAUCCAACAUGAAAAUGGUACGACUACCACAGUCAGCUACCUUAUAGGUGAACCUACCAGAGAAAUCUACCAACAUGUGGUCCACUGUGUCAUCACCAGUCCGGCUUUGUCGAAAGAGGAGACAAUACCAUUCACCCUACAGAUCUACUUUUCACCCAGGGAAGUGAACAUCACCACGUCCAAAGACUCAUUUCAGUGUGUGACUGAAGCCAACCCAAGUGCAAAAAUUACCUGGAGCAGACCUGGUCAACCGUGGCCUCAAUCUGCUGUCCACGUACAGGGUGCCACGCUACAGUUUUCAAGCAUGAACUUUGACCUGAAUGGCCUCUACCAGUGUGAAGUGUCUAACUUACAUGGACGUAACCGUGCUUAUGUGUUUGUGCAUGUGACUUCAGGAGCCUGCCGUGCCUGUUGGACUUUAUUCUGUAUUUUGUUUUUCCUGAAUGUCACUGCAGCUGUCGUGUGUUGCCUUCUUAAAUAUGGGAUACUUCAAAGGAUAAUUGAAGGUAUACGUGAGAGGCUGCAGAAUGUCCCACGCAGUUCCAGUGGACCUGCAGAGACUGGAAGUUUAGCAGAUGAACCAGAGUUACAGCCAAUGAGAUCGGACUAACUUUGGCUUCCAAGGAACAACAAGAUCAUCGACGUUUGAACUAAAGGAUGAGAAACAUUGUGCUGGGCUUUCUGUCUCUGUCCUUAUCAAAGUGGUGCCAGUGAAGGAGUGAGUCAGGAAUGUUCUUCGCCAGUUUCGGCCCCACAUUGACAAGGACAGUGUCUAUUAUACAGCGUUUGCGAAAUGCAAAAAGGAAUCGUAAGCGCCAUUUACAUCUGUUUCUUUGUAGACCUCGUUCCAGUUUUGCCUCAGUAGUUCAUUUCUCAGUGUAAGCGUCCCCUUUUCAGUCCUGACCCUUCUAUAUGUGUUUUUGUUCGGUGUCUGUGUCACAGUGUGCUUCCAGUCAUAGAUAGCAAAGAUUGGCAGGUGGUCACUUAUGUCAUUUAUCAGUAGUCCUCUUGUUAUGCCUUUCCCUAUAAUAUUUGUGAAAAUAUUAUCGACUAGGGUAGCACUUUGUGUUGUGAACCUGCUCGGUCGUGUAAUGAGGGCUUGUAAGCCCAUCGUAUACAUCAUUUUAGUGAAGUCAUCAAUCAUCAUAUUUUGUUUUGGGUUGAGUAAGUCAAUAUUCACAUCACCACAGAUAAAAACCCUCUUAUAUAAUGUAAUAAAUUAAGGGAUGGUUACAAACAGUAAUAAACAUGUGUGAAUUCAAGAGAAGAAGCUGUAAAACAACAACAAUGUGAUGAACAGAUUGAUGACAGAUAUAUAAUUGUCCACACUGAUACUGUUAUGCCUGCCUCAGUAUAAAUAUUCUCCAUGUUUACUGUGGUACCACUAUCUGUAUAAACUUGUUUCGGUGGUACUGAACUGAAAACAGUUCUCUGAAGUACUCUAGAGUUCUCUAAAAGUACAAUUCAAUUUUGCUGGUCAAAAAGCUAAAAGCUGCUCACCUGUUGCAUUUGCUGGUAUAUACUGUACCUCUUCUAUAGCUGCACAUAGUAUACAGUGAGUAUCUAUCACUACUGGCCACUUCUUGUAGUGUACUGUUAAACAAGGCUUUUUUUAGGUUUGUGUGUUACUAUUUUGAAGUUACAAUGUAAAGUUAAACUUAGGGUACCAAUGAAGAUCUUUGUCGUCAGUUCUUUGCAAACCCAAACCAGAAGACGAAUAACACUGGAAACACAAAGUGACCAAUUAAGUGUGCAACAUUUUGGGAGAGUCAAACACAUAAAUGGGUGUUGUACCAUGAAGCCAAAGUGAUAUUUCCCAUUUCUAUGGAUGAAAAGAAAUGUGUUCAAAGGAUCACCAGAGACAACAAGUGAUGUUUGGACACAUCAGUUUUAGUCCUGAGAUAAGUCUGCAAACUUUGUACAUUUUUAGUCAUGUAUACAUGUAGUCAGUCAAGUUCAACAUGACUGUUUAAAAAAAGGGAACAAAACAAAAAAAACCAGAGUGUUGUGUUAAUAGAGAGAAGUAAGUGUACCGGUCUAGCCUGCUCUUCAUCACAGCCUGAUGCUGUACAUUAAUCUCUAGUAGACUAAUAUACUAGAUUUUUGACUGAUGUGUUUGUGGUUGUGUAGUUUUUUCAUUCCAUGUCUUUAAAGCAUUUCAAAUAAUUAAUGAUGAUGAUUUUUUGCGUGUGGUUGUACAUUUCAUUUUUAUUUUAAUGUUAAAUGUUUUAUGUUUUGGGGUUUGUUUGUUUUUUUGCCUGUUCAUUUCAAUCACAAUAAACAUUUAAAAUGC